AUGGCGCCCUCUGUAGCCAGCCUUAUCCAAUCCUUCUCUCCAAAAUCACCGGUGGCCGAACAGUUACCCGUCGAUGGUUCUGCUGUUCCUAAAACCGACGAAAACGACAAAGCCCAUGAAGUUGACAAGGAUGAAGCAGAGACCCUUCCUGGUGAGGUAUCUAGCGCCGAUACCAGUUCCAGCGACGUUUCCAUUCCUUCCACUGACGAGAAUACCGUUGUUACAUUUGCUGAAGUCCGCAGGAAAGAAUUCCUUUCAAGGUUUCACGCCUACGUCGAAGGAAUGACCUUUCCUGACGAUCCCGCUGGUCCCGGUGGCAUCAAUCACCCAUCUAAGUUACCAUACUCCUGGGAUGAUGAGGUGGAGUUUAUUCAGGAGCUCCAGGACGGACAAGAAAUUCCAGAUGGUCUUACUGGAAAUGCGGCUAAGAGAGAAUGGCUCUCGAUGUUGUGGAGACAUCACAAGGAUCAACCCUACUUGGGAUCACGCUGGUCGGAUACCACUGAGGAAACAUCCGAAGAGGAGGAUGGUGAUGGAAGUGAUGGGAUAAUGGGGGUGGCGGAGGUGAUGAUGAUGACGAGGGGGUAG